AUGCCAAUUUAUAUAGUGGCAAGCUUCUCUCGCAUUAUCCCAUGUGUUUCACACUGUCUUCCACUUCCUUACGCUUCUUACACUGACUUUGUGCCUGCCAUAUCCCAUGUGUUUUUUGUGCCUGCUGAGCGAGCUAGGUUUACAGGGACGAGCGCGCUUGAUCAGUGCGUAGGAGAAAAUGGCAUGGAAGCAGCCGCCCAAGCAGCAGCGACGGCAGCGACCCUUGCUACUUACUUCAAUGCUUUCCUUUUACAGGAAAGAAAUGGGCUUGGAUUGACUGCAACCGUGAAGGAUGCUUGCAAGAUCGUGCUGAAAUAUCCGGAGGGAACAAAUAGUACCUGGCGUAAUGAGCAGUUAAAAAUCUACGAGCCACUGGAAUAUGAAUUUGACGUCUGCGAGACGCUGCUCCUGUGGGAACAGUAUCGAAACGUCACAACGAUAUUGACUCGCGAGUAUUUGGAUGCACGUCCCGAUGGCUGGAUGGACUACGCUGCAAAACGAAUAGCUCAACUGGGUGCAGCUAACUGUUCCAACCGAAGCCUGUGCGAAGAACAUCUCGAGUUGAUACUACCGCCAAAGCCACCGUUUUGGCCGCGCCAGUUUAGGACGUGUGCGGUGGUGGGAAACUCGGGAGACCUUUUAAAGACGGAGUUUGGAAAGGAGAUAGAUGCUCACGAUAUUGUCAUCCGAGACAAUGAGGCACCAGUGACCACGAAAUACGCAAAGCAUGUUGGCAUGAAACGGAGUUUUCGAUUGAUGGCUCGUGGAGUAGUAAGAAACCUGCUUGAGGUUGCAAAGGGAUCUGAUGAUGAAGUGUUGAUUAUCAAGAGUGUUAUCCAUCGGGACUUCAACGCUAAAAUAAAACUUCUUCCGAAUCCUGUCUACUUGUUCCAAGGUGUAGUUUUCCGUCGGGGAGCGAAAGGGACAGGCAUUAAGUCUUUGGAGCUCGCCUUGUCAAUGUGUGACUCGGUGGAUAUGUAUGGUUUUACGGUGGAUCCAGGCUACACGGAAUGGACUCGUUACUUCUCGGCUCCUCGCAAGGGACACAAUCCACUACAAGGCAGAGCCUACUAUCAACUGUUGGAAUGCCUCGGGACAAUGAGGCUGCAUUCUCCAAUGCGAGAAGCCAGAAAGCAAGACUGGUCGGUCAUUCCGACCCGACCGACAGUAAACGCAGCCUACUACGCAGCAAUGGGACUCAAACGAAAGCCAGGCAAAGACCAGGGAGCUUUCAAGAACUGCAAAGUAUGGGGAAGUUCAUCUCGAAAUGGACGCCUGUCAGGAUCAAAAGACAUGAACGAGACCCGCAAGAACUCAAACUACGCAAUGUGGGAGAAAACAAGCGUGAACUCCCUGAGAAGUGAAGCUCAACACCAUUACCGCGCCAUGGAAGGCGUCACCAUGUACAAGAUCGAUGGCAACAAGCUCGAGGACCUGGUGUGCAUCAGACCACAGCAGGAGCAGCAGCGCAGCCAUGGGAAACAAAAAAAAUCUUAGUGACUCUCGACGAGGAUGCAACACUGGCGCUUUAGCAUACUGCCCGGCUCUGGCAGCUCGCCGUGCGUCACUAUGGAUCCGGCAAGAAGCUAACAGGCUCGUCCAGGCAGAGCUCCCCGGCUGCGAUGGCAUGCAUCGGCCUCUUCCUACUGGCCAGAGCAUCCGAGGAGAUCAACCAUGCAGCGGCAGUGAUCUCCGAGCAAGGAAAGCCCGUAGUUCACAGUGAUGGAGCAGAAGAUCUCGUACGCAACUUCGAGCAGACCAGCGUGGCUACACGCAGCUAGAACGCAGACGAACGUGGCUUGAUCCGGCAGCAUUCCUUUCAGGUGGAAGCUGUGGAUGAUCUUGAGGGACCGGACGAUGCGACUAGCUUGGCCGUAAAUCGCGAUCAUCCAAGAGACAGGACUUCGAUCCAACAAGAUCUUUCUGGCCAGGCCUGGAGCACAAGACGCCGCUGCGAGCCGGCAUGGUGUGGAAGAAUCUAGACAUCGCCGCUUUGGGCUUACGAAGUCGGGGGACAUCUCGAAGAUCCUGGGAGCUGAGGCGAUCUUGCCGGAGAUUAGCCUGGGAUCAUCGUGUUUGCAGAGACGAUGAUCGAGCCGAUCAUGAUCAAACAGGGAGUUUUAUUUGCAAGAAGAAAACUGGUAAUGAGUACAGCAUGGUUCAUGGUUAA